AAGGCAAGGACUUUGAAGAGAGAUACAAAGAAAUAUAAGUAGGUUGGGGAACGGUCAUUGGAGAUAGUACAUUAUGAAGCAACAUCAUUUUUUUGUCCUGCUCCUCCUGCCACAAUUUACAUAUGCAGGGAACAUCCAUCACGGAAUUAUUGGGGGUCGAGAGGCAAAACCCCAUUCCAGACCCUAUAUGGUGUAUCUAAAAGUUGGAAAGGUGAAUUGUGGAGGUUCCCUUAUUACUCCCAGUUGGGUGUUAACUGCCGCCCACUGUUAUGGGGAUAUCACCGCCAUACUUGGAGCCCAUAAUGUGAGUGAUCAAGAAGUCUCUCAGCAGGCCAUUGGAAUCAAAAGCUAUCACGUGCACCCUGAGUAUUAUGAUAAACAGCACAUACCAUUUAAUGAUAUCAUGCUUUUGAAGCUUUCAACCAAAGCUACCAUAAACCGUGUAGUGCAGACAAUUCGCCUCCCACGCAGAAGGAUGGAUGUUCCCACAAAUACCCGUUGCAAUGUAGCAGGAUGGGGGUUUAUUGAAAAUGGAAUGACCACUGACAACUUAUUUGAGACCAAUGUCACUGUUGUGAGUCGCAAGAGUUGUCGACAUUACGUUCCCCAGCUUGAUGAUGGAAUGAUUUGUGCAGGAAAUGUCAGUGAGGAAAGUGAUGCCAGUCAGGGUGAUUCUGGGGGUCCGUUGGUCUGUAAUGGUUAUGUGGAAGGUAUUGUAUCUUUUGGAUUAGACCAUCCACCGGGAAUCUAUGUGAGGGUCAGCAAGUACUUGAACUGGAUUGAAAAUACCAUCUAUAGCAAUGAAGACUAGACAUACAGAGAGCAGCUGCGUGGGGUUACUCUUAUUAUGCAUGCACAGACAUAACAUACUUCUUCUCUGUACCCAUAUCUCUAUAAUAAUGUGUACAGAUAUUUGUCUAACAGGGAAAUAAUUAUAAUAUUUUUAUGAAUGCAUCAUGGUAAGAAUUUGACCCCAAUUUCAAAAUGUUCAAUGGAUGAAAAUAAAGGAUAAAUUGGAUUCUGUGUGCAUGUGUAGCUUCCUUCACCGUACUAUGGGCUCUGUUUAAUUCCUUAUCUAAAAUCCAUACUUUCACUGAAAAUUAAAAUCUCAUUCUAGAUAAUUACUAGUAUAAUGUGCUUUGAUUAUGGGAUGUGUUCACUAAACACAUUUCACAUUUAUUCUGUCAAUCACAGCACAUAUCUUGU